AUCUACGCAUGGUGUACAGUGUACACUAACCAGCCACCAAUAAUCUCACCGACGAGCUUCGGGCCAUACUACCGCGACCGAGCGAGCGCUGCUGUCUCGUGGGUCAGCCUGUGACCUUUGCCCUUCGUCCACUGGUCAGAGGACGGGAGAGAGCAGAGAGAGGGAGAGAGGGAGUGGGGCAUUUGUGAGCUGGGAGCGAGGCGUAAGCUCAGUCGAGCAUUGGUGAUAUCCUGUCCGGGCCUGCCGCAAGUGGUGCAGUGUGAUCGUUGAAACAAUAGGACGGGCUGCUGAAAUGGGUGACCUUUUGUUGAUCUGUGACCGUUGAUCGCCACGGUGAAGAGGUGACACAGCGAUCAGUGGUUAUUGGUGGUGAAGUGAAGAUAAGCAGUGACCGAUGACUUUCGGUAGAGUGUAGACUGAAGGCUGGGUGUCGCUAACUUGUGCUAUAAUGAAGAUUAUUUUGUGAUCUAUUUUGUUUUGGGCCGCGACGACAAACUGCGGGUCAGCUGUGCGGUAACUCAGCUGUGCCAGAGGUGCGAUUAGAGAUUCAGCGCUGCAAUUCUCUCCAACAAACACUGCACAUCAUGGAUACACUAUCAAGUAAGAACGACAUCUACGUCAGCAAAGUGACGAGGGAUAUGGAGGUCGACAAACUUCGGAGCCGAAUACAAGUUCUUCAGGAGGACAUCACCUCAGAGUUUCGCUCUCAGCUCUCCACCAUUUUGGAGCAGCAUUUGGCUGGUCUGGAACAGGUCUCUGCACCGCGCGAAAAUGGAGACGUCAAAGGCAACAAACGGAGCAAGGGAAAACAGUUUGUGGCCCGGGAGUCUCUGCUCACUGAGCUGUUUGAGAUCAGCCACAUUCGCACAAUCUACCACAUCUUCCUGGCCAUGCUGGCGCUGAUGUUUCUGCACUCCAUCCUAUACGACCUGGCUGAGCUAGACUCAAUACAGCUGAGUCUCAACAUCAUCGUGUACGCGUUUGGCGAGGUGCGACUGACGGCAGAGCUCUGGCUCAUGAUGUUCUGUUCGGCUGUGUUCAUCGUCUAUCCCUUGUUUCACUUUUGGGCCUCUCACCGCUCCUCAAACCCAGCGCUGUUUGACUGGCUGUUUGGCUCGAUGUUCGUCGCCUACUGCGGCUGCCUUUUGUAUCUGCCCGCUGAGCAGGUGCUCCACCAUCGACUGCCCCCGGCUUCUUCAUUCAUUGUCAUCUUGGAGCAGAUCCGUCUCUUUAUGAAGGUGUACGGGUUCGUGCGAUCGAACGCUCCAAUGGCAAUGGCAUCGGAAACUAAGGAGUCUGAUCGAUGUCCAAACUUCAACAAGUUUCUGUUCUAUCUGUUCGUUCCAACCCUCGUCUAUCGUGACAGCUAUCCCAGGACCAGUCAAGUGCGCUGGCGGCUGGUGGCUCUCCAUUUCGGCCAGGUGGUCGGCUGCGUGGUCUACACCGCCUUCCUGCUAGAGCGGCUGGUGCUGCCGCCCUUCCAGCGGUACGGCCUGGGACGGAUGACCUGGCGGCACCUGGUGGUACACGUCUUCGGCAGCGUGAUGCCCGGCAUGCUGUGCUACCUGUGCGCCUUCUUCGCGCUGCUGCACGCCUGGAUGAACGCGUUCGCAGAGAUGACGCGCUUCGCUGACAGGAUGUUCUACCAGGAUUGGUGGAACGUGACCAACUACGCGAGCUUCUAUCGGACCUGGAACAUAGUGGUCCACGAUUGGCUGUAUGAAUACAUAUACACGGACGUGGCCCGCCUUCGAGGGAAGUUUUUGGCCACUCUGUCGGUUUUCGUGGUCUCCUCAAUCGUUCACGAGUACACACUGAUGCUGGUCUUCAAUUUCUGCUUCCCCGUACUGUUUAUCCAGUUCGGCGUAUUUGGAGUUCUGUUGCACUUUUUCAACGUGCGCAGUGCCGGAGGAAACGUUCUACUGUGGAUGACACUGUCCCUGGGAAUCGGCAUUGACCUGGCCUUUUACGCUGCCGAGUGGUACGCUCGACAGAACUGCCCAUCAAUUUAUGAAAACGUGUACGCCGACUUCUUUUCAUCCCGAGCGCUGUCGUGCUGGUCAGGAAACGGCGUGGCCGACACCGUCGUCAGGGCGUCCGCGUGAUUGCAGUGCCAACAACUCAGUGAGGGAAUGACAAUGACUGUGAGCGGCCGGGCGGGGCGGGGAAAUAUUGCACGCCCACCCGUCGUGGUGCCAAUUGCGACUGGCUUUGUUGCGGGUGCCCUGUUUUUCCCGCUUACUUAGGUAACUUGUAAGUUUUGGUCCAUCGCACCGUUGUCACAAUGCCAAGGUGAUUCAAGUAACUGGUAGCAUACGUGAUUGUGAUCUGUUACGUGAAUAAGGGGCAUGUCUGUUGUUGUUAAACACAUUUUGAAGUGAGUGCAAGAUACCUUCGGGCGACAGUACGCUACAUUCGCCUGCAAGUUUAUGAGCCAGCAUGUAUUCCCACUGAACCCUGCGUCAGAUUCAGUGUGAAUUUAAGUGUGUAAUACAUAUAAUGAUAAUUAUUAAAUAGAUAUUUCAUGCAUAUCAA